AUGACUUUGAAUCCUGAUCUUUGUGUGGAUCAUCAUGGAAGAGAAAAUGUUCCCUUCAAGUAUUUCGUUCGUCCGACAAUACUGCCAUCAUCCAAAGUGUCAACAUCUUUCACCUGCUUCCCUCAACUACCAGUAGAGCUUCAGCUUCAAAUUUAUGACUUCUGCGAUGGCUCUACGCUGUUCAACCUCAUGCACACGUGCUCUGACAUCCGUAAAGAGGCCUCGAAACGGUUCUGGACUCACAAAGAUACCUGGUACAGGUGCUCAGAAGACACAGCAUUUCCACGAGAUACCCAGCAUCCAAUCAUUCAGUACUGUCCAGACUUCGCGAGUAGGAUCACGCAAGUUGAAAUUGACUUCAUUCGCAUACACAUGGCGUUUCCAACAGAUGAGAUAGACCCUAUCCAAGGACCGAGAACGACGACCUCAGACAAGGCCCGUGCCUUCUGGGCUCGUGUACAGAGCAUCUUCCCUUCUGUGCGAACUCUGGUAAUGACUGGCGAAUAUGAGACUUCUGCUUCGGUCAUUGAGACUGUCAUCGGUUAUGCGCCCUCGAAUAUUCGCGUUCUGGUUGCUCAAGAGUAUUGGCGCACGCCAAACAGGGCUGAGCAGAUUGUUUGUGAUCUUUGGAGAGUCGAUCCUGAUUCCAAGUCUCCAUGGCAGCUUAUCCAAUCAUCCUGGACGAUUCGCCGCAUUCUCCUACCAAAGAGACACUGCCCGGCCUUCCCGGUUGGCACAAUGUUGGAAACACUCGCGUCAAACCGCCCUUCUGCCCUGGAACAGUGGGGACUUCAGCGCCUAAGACUGGAGUCUUAUCGGCGGUACUCCCCUCCCGGUUCGCCAUGGCGUUGUGUAGCCUCCAGCUACGACACCGACUGCGCUGCCACGUUCGCUGAUCAGAACGAUUGGGAAGAGCACAUCUACAACAAUGCGCAUCAGCAUCAUGGCUUUUCAAAAGACAGGCUGCACCUUUUCCGCUUAUGCGAACACACACCGUCCGAAGAGAAAACCGCCAUCGAGGCGCGAUGCAAGCGUUUCACAGAGAAUUGUGAAGAAAUAAUAGCACUGCGCCAUAAGAUCAGAGAUGCGUAUGGUCCCUACGACUCAGAGGAGAGACUUCUGUUUUUAGAGAAUCUCUACUCGGAUGAGCAACCAGUCAGACCCGCGCCGGGAGAGUGCGUAGAGGAGAAGUGUACGGACAAGUGCACCUGGCUUGAACUCCUCGCUCAUUGGUUCCGGCCGGAAAGGAGCGAGUAUGAGUAG